AUGCAUUUACAACACACACGUACUUUUAUAUUUACAGCACACACGUAUAUGUAUUUACAACACACAUGUAUUUUUAUAUUUACAGCACACACGUAUAUGCAUUUACAACACACACGUAUUUGUAUAUUUACCGCACACACGUAUAUGUAUUUACAACACACAUGUAUUUUUAUAUUUACAGCACACACGUAUAUGCAUUUACAACACACAUGUAUUUUUAUAUUUACAGCACACACGUAUAUGCAUUUACAACACACAUGUACUUUUAUAUUUACAGCACACACGUAUAUGCAUUUACAACACACAUGUAUUUUUAUAUUUACAGCACACACGUAUAUGCAUUUACAACACACAUGUACUUUUAUAUUUACAGCACACACGUAUAUGCAUUUACAACACACAUGUAUUUUUAUAUUUACAGCACACACGUAUAUGCAUUUACAACACACAUGUAUUUUUAUAUUUACAGCACACACGUAUAUGUAUUUACAACACACAUGUAUUUUUAUAUUUACAGCACACACGUAUAUGCAUUUACAACACACAUGUAUUUUUAUAUUUACAGCACACACCUAUAUGCAUUUACAACACACAUGUAUUUUUAUAUUUACAGCACACACGUAUAUGCAUUUACAACACACAUGUAUUUUUAUAUUUACAGCACACACGUAUAUGCAUUUACAACACACAUGUACUUUUAUAUUUACAGCACACACGUAUAUGCAUUUACAACACACAUGUACUUUUAUAUUUACAGCACACACGUAUAUGCAUUUACAACACACAUGUAUUUUUAUAUUUACAGCACACACGUAUAUGCAUUUACAACACACAUGUAUUUUUAUAUUUACAGCACACACGUAUAUGCAUUUACAACACACAUGUAUUUUUAUAUUUACAGCACACACGUAUAUGCAUUUACAACACACAUGUAUUUUUAUAUUUACAGCACACACGUAUAUGCAUUUACAACACACAUGUAUUUUUAUAUUUACAGCACACACGUAUAUGCAUUUACAACACACAUGUAUUUUUAUAUUUACAGCACACACGUAUAUGCAUUUACAACACACAUGUAUUUUUAUAUUUACAGCACACACGUAUAUGCAUUUACAACACACAUGUACUUUUAUAUUUACAGCACACACGUAUAUGCAUUUACAACACACAUGUAUUUUUAUAUUUACAGCACACACGUAUAUGUAUUUACAACACACAUGUAUUUUUAUAUUUACAGCACACACGUAUAUGCAUUUACAACACACAUGUAUUUUUAUAUUUACAGCACACACGUAUAUGCAUUUACAACACACAUGUAUUUUUAUAUUUACAGCACACACGUAUAUGCAUUUACAACACACAUGUAUUUUUAUAUUUACAGCACACACGUAUAUGUAUUUACAACACACAUGUAUUUUUAUAUUUACAGCACACACGUAUAUGCAUUUACAACACACAUGUAUUUUUAUAUUUACAGCACACACCUAUAUGCAUUUACAACACACAUGUAUUUUUAUAUUUACAGCACACACGUAUAUGCAUUUACAACACACAUGUAUUUUUAUAUUUACAGCACACACGUAUAUGCAUUUACAACACACAUGUACUUUUAUAUUUACAGCACACACGUAUAUGCAUUUACAACACACAUGUAUUUUUAUAUUUACAGCACACACCUAUAUGCAUUUACAACACACAUGUAUUUUUAUAUUUACAGCACACACGUAUAUGCAUUUACAACACACAUGUAUUUUUAUAUUUACAGCACACACGUAUAUGCAUUUACAACACACAUGUAUUUUUAUAUUUACAGCACACACGUAUAUGCAUUUACAACACACAUGUAUUUUUAUAUUUACAGCACACACGUAUAUGCAUUUACAACACACAUGUAUUUUUAUAUUUACAGCACACACGUAUAUGCAUUUACAACACACAUGUAUUUUUAUAUUUACAGCACACACGUAUAUGCAUUUACAACACACAUGUAUUUUUAUAUUUACAGCACACACGUAUAUGCAUUUACAACACACAUGUAUUUUUAUAUUUACAGCACACACGUAUAUGCAUUUACAACACACAUGUAUUUUUAUAUUUACAGCACACACGUAUAUGCAUUUACAACACACAUGUACUUUUAUAUUUACAGCACACACGUAUAUGCAUUUACAACACACAUGUAUUUUUAUAUUUACAGCACACACGUAUAUGCAUUUACAACACACAUGUACUUUUAUAUUUACAGCACACACGUAUAUGCAUUUACAACACACAUGUAUUUUUAUAUUUACAGCACACACGUAUAUGUAUUUACAACACACAUGUAUUUUUAUAUUUACAGCACACACGUAUAUGCAUUUACAACACACAUGUAUUUUUAUAUUUACAGCACACACGUAUAUGCAUUUACAACACACAUGUAUUUUUAUAUUUACAGCACACACGUAUAUGCAUUUACAACACACAUGUAUUUUUAUAUUUACAGCACACACGUAUAUGUAUUUACAACACACAUGUAUUUUUAUAUUUACAGCACACACCUAUAUGCAUUUACAACACACAUGUACUUUUAUAUUUACAGCACACACGUAUAUGCAUUUACAACACACAUGUAUUUUUAUAUUUACAGCACACACGUAUAUGCAUUUACAACACACAUGUAUUUUUAUAUUUACAGCACACACGUAUAUGCAUUUACAACACACAUGUAUUUUUAUAUUUACAGCACACACGUAUAUGCAUUUACAACACACAUGUACUUUUAUAUUUACAGCACACACGUAUAUGUAUUUACAACACACAUGUAUUUUUAUAUUUACAGCACACACGUAUAUGCAUUUACAACACACAUGUAUUUUUAUAUUUACAGCACACACGUACUUUUAUAUUUACAGCACACACGUAUAUGUAUUUACAACACACAUGUACUUUUAUAUUUACAGCACACACGUAUAUGUAUUUACAACACACAUGUACUUUUAUAUUUACAGCACACACGUAUAUGAAUUUACAACACACAUGUAUUUUUAUAUUUACAGCACACACGUAUAUGCAUUUACAACACACAUGUAUUUUUAUAUUUACAGCACACACGUAUAUGCAUUUACAACACACACGUACUUUUAUAUUUACAGCACACACGUAUAUGUAUUUACAACACACAUGUAUUUUUAUAUUUACAGCACACACGUAUAUGCAUUUACAACACACAUGUAUUUUUAUAUUUACAGCACACACGUAUAUGCAUUUACAACACACACGUACUUUUAUAUUUACAGCACACACGUAUAUGUAUUUACAACACACAUGUAUUUUUAUAUUUACAGCACACACGUAUAUGCAUUUACAACACACAUGUAUUUUUAUAUUUACAGCACACACGUAUAUGCAUUUACAACACACACGUACUUUUAUAUUUACAGCACACACGUAUAUGAAUUUACAACACACAUGUAUUUUUAUAUUUACAGCACACACGUAUAUGCAUUUACAACACACAUGUAUUUUUAUAUUUACAGCACACACGUAUAUGCAUUUACAACACACACGUACUUUUAUAUUUACAGCACACACGUAUAUGUAUUUACAACACACAUGUAUUUUUAUAUUUACAGCACACACGUAUAUGCAUUUACAACACACACGUACUUUUAUAUUUACAGCACACACGUAUAUGUAUUUACAACACACAUGUAUUUUUAUAUUUACAGCACACACGUACUUUUAUAUUUACAGCACACACGUAUAUGCAUUUACAACACACACGUACUUUUAUAUUUACAGCACACACGUAUAUGUAUUUACAACACACAUGUAUUUUUAUAUUUACAGCACACACGUAUAUGCAUUUACAACACACACGUACUUUUAUAUUUACAGCACACACGUAUAUGUAUUUACAACACACAUGUACUUUUAUAUUUACAGCACACACGUAUAUGCAUUUACAACACACAUGUAUUUUUAUAUUUACAGCACACACGUAUAUGCAUUUACAACACACAUGUAUUUUUAUAUUUACAGCACACACGUAUAUGCAUUUACAACACACAUGUAUUUUUAUAUUUACAGCACACACCUAUAUGUAUUUACAACACACAUGUAUUUUUAUAUUUACAGCACACACGUAUAUGCAUUUACAACACACAUGUAUUUUUAUAUUUACAGCACACACGUAUAUGCAUUUACAACACACAUGUACUUUUAUAUUUACAGCACACACGUAUAUGCAUUUACAACACACAUGUAUUUUUAUAUUUACAGCACACACGUAUAUGCAUUUACAACACACAUGUAUUUUUAUAUUUACAGCACACACGUAUAUGUAUUUACAACACACAUGUACUUUUAUAUUUACAGCACACACGUAUAUGCAUUUACAACACACAUGUAUUUUUAUAUUUACAGCACACACGUAUAUGCAUUUACAACACAUGUAUUUUUAUAUUUACAGCACACACGUAUAUGCAUUUACAACACACAUGUAUUUUUAUAUUUACAGCACACACGUAUAUGCAUUUACAACACACAUGUAUUUUUAUAUUUACAGCACACACGUAUAUGUAUUUACAACACACAUGUAUUUUUAUAUUUACAGCACACACGUAUAUGCAUUUACAACACACAUGUAUUUUUAUAUUUACAGCACACACGUAUAUGCAUUUACAACACACAUGUAUUUUUAUAUUUACAGCACACACGUAUAUGCAUUUACAACACACAUGUAUUUUUAUAUUUACAGCACACACGUAUAUGCAUUUACAACACACAUGUACUUUUAUAUUUACAGCACACACGUAUAUGCAUUUACAACACACAUGUAUUUUUAUAUUUACAGCACACACGUAUAUGUAUUUACAACACACAUGUAUUUUUAUAUUUACAGCACACACGUAUAUGCAUUUACAACACACAUGUAUUUUUAUAUUUACAGCACACACGUACUUUUAUAUUUACAGCACACAUGUAUAUGCAUUUACAACACACAUGUAUUUUUAUAUUUACAGCACACACGUAUAUGCAUUUACAACACACAUGUAUUUUUAUAUUUACAGCACACACGUAUAUGCAUUUACAACACACAUGUAUUUUUAUAUUUACAGCACACACGUAUAUGCAUUUACAACACACAUGUACUUUUAUAUUUACAGCACACACGUAUAUGCAUUUACAACACACAUGUAUUUUUAUAUUUACAGCACACACCUAUAUGUAUUUACAACACACAUGUAUUUUUAUAUUUACAGCACACACGUAUAUGCAUUUACAACACACAUGUAUUUUUAUAUUUACAGCACACACGUAUAUGCAUUUACAACACACAUGUAUUUUUAUAUUUACAGCACACACGUAUAUGCAUUUACAACACACAUGUAUUUUUAUAUUUACAGCACACACGUAUAUGCAUUUACAACACACAUGUAUUUUUAUAUUUACAGCACACACGUAUAUGCAUUUACAACACACAUGUAUUUUUAUAUUUACAGCACACACGUAUAUGCAUUUACAACACACAUGUAUUUUUAUAUUUACAGCACACACGUAUAUGCAUUUACAACACACAUGUAUUUUUAUAUUUACAGCACACACGUAUAUGCAUUUACAACACACAUGUAUUUUUAUAUUUACAGCACACACGUAUAUGCAUUUACAACACACAUGUAUUUUUAUAUUUACAGCACACACGUAUAUGCAUUUACAACACACAUGUAUUUUUAUAUUUACAGCACACACGUAUAUGCAUUUACAACACACAUGUACUUUUAUAUUUACAGCACACACGUAUAUGCAUUUACAACACACAUGUAUUUUUAUAUUUACAGCACACACGUAUAUGCAUUUACAACACACAUGUAUUUUUAUAUUUACAGCACACACGUAUAUGCAUUUACAACACACAUGUAUUUUUAUAUUUACAGCACACACGUAUAUGCAUUUACAACACACAUGUAUUUUUAUAUUUACAGCACACACGUAUAUGCAUUUACAACACACAUGUAUUUUUAUAUUUACAGCACACACGUAUAUGCAUUUACAACACACAUGUAUUUUUAUAUUUACAGCACACACGUAUAUGCAUUUACAACACACAUGUAUUUUUAUAUUUACAGCACACACGUAUAUGCAUUUACAACACACAUGUAUUUUUAUAUUUACAGCACACACGUAUAUGCAUUUACAACACACAUGUAUUUUUAUAUUUACAGCACACACGUAUAUGCAUUUACAACACACAUGUAUUUUUAUAUUUACAGCACACACGUAUAUGCAUUUACAACACACAUGUAUUUUUAUAUUUACAGCACACACGUAUAUGCAUUUACAACACACAUGUAUUUUUAUAUUUACAGCACACACGUAUAUGCAUUUACAACACACAUGUAUUUUUAUAUUUACAGCACACACGUAUAUGCAUUUACAACACACAUGUAUUUUUAUAUUUACAGCACACACGUAUAUGCAUUUACAACACACAUGUAUUUUUAUAUUUACAGCACACACGUAUAUGCAUUUACAACACACAUGUAUUUUUAUAUUUACAGCACACACGUAUAUGCAUUUACAACACACAUGUAUUUUUAUAUUUACAGCACACACGUAUAUGCAUUUACAACACACAUGUAUUUUUAUAUUUACAGCACACACGUAUAUGCAUUUACAACACACAUGUAUUUUUAUAUUUACAGCACACACGUAUAUGCAUUUACAACACACAUGUAUUUUUAUAUUUACAGCACACACCUAUAUGUAUUUACAACACACAUGUAUUUUUAUAUUUACAGCACACACGUAUAUGCAUUUACAACACACAUGUAUUUUUAUAUUUACAGCACACACGUAUAUGCAUUUACAACACACAUGUAUUUUUAUAUUUACAGCACACACGUAUAUGCAUUUACAACACACAUGUAUUUUUAUAUUUACAGCACACACGUAUAUGUAUUUACAACACACAUGUAUUUUUAUAUUUACAGCACACACGUAUAUGCAUUUACAACACACAUGUAUUUUUAUAUUUACAGCACACACCUAUAUGCAUUUACAACACACAUGUAUUUUUAUAUUUACAGCACACACGUAUAUGCAUUUACAACACACAUGUAUUUUUAUAUUUACAGCACACACGUAUAUGCAUUUACAACACACAUGUACUUUUAUAUUUACAGCACACACGUAUAUGCAUUUACAACACACAUGUAUUUUUAUAUUUACAGCACACACCUAUAUGUAUUUACAACACACAUGUAUUUUUAUAUUUACAGCACACACGUAUAUGCAUUUACAACACACAUGUAUUUUUAUAUUUACAGCACACACGUAUAUGCAUUUACAACACACAUGUAUUUUUAUAUUUACAGCACACACGUAUAUGCAUUUACAACACACAUGUAUUUUUAUAUUUACAGCACACACGUAUAUGUAUUUACAACACACAUGUAUUUUUAUAUUUACAGCACACACGUAUAUGCAUUUACAACACACAUGUAUUUUUAUAUUUACAGCACACACCUAUAUGCAUUUACAACACACAUGUAUUUUUAUAUUUACAGCACACACGUAUAUGCAUUUACAACACACAUGUAUUUUUAUAUUUACAGCACACACGUAUAUGCAUUUACAACACACAUGUACUUUUAUAUUUACAGCACACACGUAUAUGCAUUUACAACACACAUGUAUUUUUAUAUUUACAGCACACACGUAUAUGCAUUUACAACACACAUGUACUUUUAUAUUUACAGCACACACGUAUAUGCAUUUACAACACACAUGUAUUUUUAUAUUUACAGCACACACGUAUAUGCAUUUACAACACACAUGUAUUUUUAUAUUUACAGCACACACGUAUAUGCAUUUACAACACACAUGUAUUUUUAUAUUUACAGCACACACGUAUAUGCAUUUACAACACACAUGUAUUUUUAUAUUUACAGCACACACGUAUAUGCAUUUACAACACACAUGUAUUUUUAUAUUUACAGCACACACGUAUAUGCAUUUACAACACACAUGUAUUUUUAUAUUUACAGCACACACGUAUAUGUAUUUACAACACACAUGUACUUUUAUAUUUACAGCACACACCUAUAUGCAUUUACAACACACACGUACUUUUAUAUUUACAGCACACACGUAUAUGCAUUUACAACACACAUGUAUUUUUAUAUUUACAGCACACACCUAUAUGUAUUUACAACACACACAGACCUUUACAACACGCACAGACAUUUACAACAUAGACAGACCUUUACAACACACACAGACAUUUACAACACGCACAGACCUUUACAACACGCACCGACAUUUACAACACACACAGACAUUUACAACACACACAGACAUUUACAACACACACAGACCUUUACAACACGCACAGACAUUUACAACACACACAGACAUUUACAACACACACAGACCUUUACAACACGCACCGACAUUUACAACACACACAGACCUUUACAACACUACAGACAUUUACAACACACACAGACAUUUACAACACACACAGACAUUUACAACACGCACAGACCUUUACAACACGCACCGACAUUUACAACACACACAGACCUUUACAACACGCACCGACAUUUACAACACGCACCGACAUUUACAACACGUAUAUAUUUUUACAAUAUAUAUAUAUAUUUAUUUAUUUAUUUAUUUACAGCUUACAUAUAUGAAAAGAGAGGGGUGUAG